AUGAUAUCUACUUCCACAGGGGAGUCAGAUAAGGCGAAGGGAUCCCUCACCAGGAUGUGGCUUGCAAAAACGUCUAAGUGGAUGGGUGAGAGACAGAUUGAGGCCUGUGCCCACUCAGGUUCUCCUUCUCCUGCCGAGGGCAGAGGAACGGCCCUGCCCGACAGCUGUUGCUGUCAGUCUGACCCGAUUGGUCAUUCAGACAUCCAUUCAAACAUUUCCUGGGCGCCCAGACGCUUCAGGGGAAACGUGAGAUGGAGAAAAGCCAGUGUCUAUCCCCCCAAGAAUCCUGUGAUCAGACCGUCUGGCAACCCAUUGCACCUCCGGGCUGUGUGUGUGUCUGUCUCCGAGGUCUCGCUCUUCGCGGACGCGAUCCGCUUUUCGAGCCCUCCGUACCAGCGCACAGGCGGCCCGCCGCGUGGGGGCGCUGGCGUGCAGACCCGGCGGCGCUGCGGGGCCCGGGACGCGCAGCCCCUCCACCGCCCCGCUGCAAAACGACCCGGCGGUGGAGCUCGGCGGCUCCCUGAACCCAAAGCCGCCAGCCCGGCCCCUCUCCCGGUGGGCCUGCCCGCCGCGCCCGCGCCGCGCCCCGCCCCGCCUGGGCGAAGGGGCCCGGGAAGGGACUCCAGGACUAAGGCGGGACCGCGGGCGGGGACGCAGGGCCGGGAGUCGCAGGAAGGCUGCCAGCGCCCGGGCCCGGAUCCCCGCCCCAAAUCCCGCCUGGUCCCGGCGCCUCCCGGGCCGACUCGCCGCUCUGCCGGCCUCCAGGCGGGCCCCAAGCCCCAGCCCUCGUUUUUUCGUUUGAACAAAAUCCCCUGUGAGCCUGCGGCCUCUAAACCGUUUUAUCGUGUGGGCCCUCUAGGCUGCCGCGUGGGACUCAAGGACAGCACAGGAAACCGCGGGUGCUGGCUUUGCGAGGAGCUGAUUGCGUCGGCCGGCACCGGACGGACCCCGCGGGUGCGAGGGGCAGGUGGGAGGCGCCGGAGCCUUAGCGCAGCCCCGCCCGCCGCCACCUGCCCGCUUUCAACGAAACGCGUCGCCCAGGCCCAGGCGGGCGGCCGGGUCCCGGCGAGUGUGCGCAGGGAAGAGAGAACUCGGUGACUGUCUGGGGACCGCGCCCGGCCUGUCCCGGCUGAGACUCUCGGAGCUGGCUCAUAGAGGGCGGAGAGCCCCCAGCCAGUCCGGGGCGUCCCAGAACCGGAGGUGAGCUGCAUGGAGCGCCAGAGGCGGGCGGCGCCAGGGCCGGAGUCUGCCCCGGGGAUUUCUGCCGCCUUUAUAGGCUGGAAAAAUAAAGAU